AUGUCGACGAGCUUCCCGUCCUUUGUCAGACUACCAGGAGAGCUGCGGUCCAUGGUAUGGGCGUAUGCCCUACCAGAGCCGCGGGUUUUUGAAGUCCUCGAUACUCCGCACUCAAACUUCAAAACUCCAGCCUCGGCAGGGCUCACGUUUGCGAAUAGUUCGAAUGAGCCCCCGCCUGUGCUGGCCGCCGUAUGCAGAGAGUCGCGGGCAUACGUGCUGCACCGUUACAAGCGGCUGACGUUAUCUGGAACAACAAAGUACAUCGACUCUGUACGGGAUGUCGUCCUGCUUGAACCCUACCUCCUCAUCAGGCGGCUCCUAAGAGCCCUGCACUUUCUUUCACAAGUGGACUUUAUGAGAGAGAACAUGCGCCAAGUGGCCCUCGGGACGUCGUAUGGCUUUGCGACGGGAAUCUUUCACCCCAUGCUCAGCGGGAAGGUAUCGAGGAACAAUAUGACCAUGUUUGUCAAAAAGCUUCGCCGGUUCCCACGACUGAAAAAGGUCCUAUUUGUCGUCCACGAGGAGUUUCAGUGCACUCAUCCGAAUCCUCCCAUGGCCGAAUGGCCUUACGGACUGCAGCUCUUUCACCACAACUACUCGUUCAAGUUUGACAAUGAGCUGGGGAUCAGCAUCCACAACCCGUGGCACUUUCACCAGAAUGAGUUUCAGUACUACCCCCUCCAGACGGAGGAGGCUGAUGAGGACGACGACGAUCUGGACGAGAGCGGGACCGAUAGCGAGGAGGAGGCGGCAGAGUUGAACCGCAAACCUACCAACGAGGAUUGGAGACGAUUCAAGAGGCGGUUCCUAAAGGCCGCGCACUCGACGCUGACGAAACGAUUACGAGACAAGCCACCAAUAGUCGAGACUCUGCAGCUGCAAGUCGAAGGCGCAAGCUUGCUGUGGAAGUACCGAUCUUUUUAG